AGAAUUAUUAUUAUUAUUACUAUUAUAUAAGAUAAGAUAAGAAUUGUGUCCUGUAUAAAUGCGAGAGGCAUAUUCUUGUCUGCAUGGUUUUUCUUAUCUAUCUCUGUAUGGUUUUUCUUACCUGUUCUGCAGGAUGCAGUUUUGAUAUGAUUCAUCCUAACUUCGAACCAGUUACCAUGGCAACGAAGACAUCUAUUUUAUCAAUCAUAGUAAUACAGCUGACAUUACUAAAUGGAUAUUGCUUCGGCCAGUUUAUUGAUUGUGGUGGUGAACUGUCUGACCAGGCAGGGGUGAUAACUUCUCCCAACUUCCCAUCCAACUAUCCAGACAACGCUGUUUGUCAGUGGCACAUCACAGUAGCAACAAACCAGGUCAUCAGUUUGACGUUCACACGUCUAGAUCUAGAUCGCUACGCUGAUCAAAACUGUGUGGAUUAUUUAGUCUUCUAUGAUGGACCCAAUAAUCAAUAUCCAAGGAUAGGCAAUGCCUACUGCGGGUACAAUAGCGAAGAGUCCACUUUGAACAUAUUAGUUCGAACUAAUAGUAAUAAGAUGACAGUUAUCUUCAAAUCUGACAGCAUGGGAUCAAGAAUUGGAUUCAGUGCUUCAUAUAGAGCUAUAGAUUGCCAGCCUUUUACGUAUGGACGUGAGACUUGUAACAAUGAAUGCCCAUGUAACAAAUCCAACACUGAUUACUGUAACAGUCUUACCGGGCAGUGCAUGUGCAAUUCUAACUGGAUAGGUUGGGACUGCUCUGUCCUCGUAGACCAUUGUCAGGACCCCAAUACGUGCUCUGACCUGUACGGCGUCUGUGCAAAUGUUCUAGGUGGCUAUGAGUGCAGAUGUAAGCCUGGACUAACUAAAGAUAGCACUGGACAAUGUCAAGAUCCAGGAGAGUGCACUCAGAAACAGUGUUCUCAUUUUUGUGGCGUGACAUCAACAAACCCAUUACAGGAAACGUGUUAUUGCCCUAAAGGAAUGAUGUUAAACUCAACUGACGAAACACAAACACAAUGCGUUGAUUGUCCACAGUGGUACUAUGGCGAUAACUGCGGCUUUCCAGCUCAGUGUAGACAGUCAAAUACUGAGUCCUAUAACAAAACCAACGGCCUGUGUCACUGCUAUCUCAACUGGACUUCGACAUAUUGUGACCAAGAUUUCGAUGAAUGUAACUUUCUAAAACAACCUUGUGAGUUAGAGAAAGACCACGCCAGCUGUUACAAUACGCUAGGAUCAUUUGAAUGUCGGUGUUCACCUGGCUACGAGCCUAAGAAUGAAACGACAUGUGACGAAUGUGGUAAAAUUAUAACCAAGGCCGAAGGGACCAUCGAUUCAGGUUAUCACCUGCAAUAUAUUAGUACCACUCUGUAUCCAGAAUGUAAUUGGACGAUUGAAGCGCCAGAAGGACAAGUUGUCUCAAUAAGUUUCACAAGGUUUGGUUAUGACGUUGGCUAUUAUUGGAGUAGCUGCUCCUCAAGUUACGUUACCAUUUAUGACGGUAAUACUACGAGUUCCAAUGUGAUUCACGACACACGGUGGGGCUUACCUUCUAUUAUCCGAACAUCUGGAAAUAAAAUGCUGCUUGUACGGUACCCAGCAUAUUGUAACGACGACGGCUAUGGUUUCAUCUCAAGCGGAUUCAAUGCCUCGUACUGGACGCACGAAUGCCCAAAGUUCAUGUAUGGACAAAACUGUUCCAUACCUUGCUCAUGCCAUAUAAACAAUACAGUGUCGUGUAACAGCAUAUACAGUUUUUGCUAUUGCAAAUCUGGUUGGACGGGCAGUGACUGUUCAUUGGACAUUGAUGAGUGUUCGCAGAAAUAUUACCCUUGUUCUGACUACACAGUGUGUAUCAAUCUACCUGGAACUUACCAGUGUCAAUGUAAGCCUGGUCUGGUCUUGGAUUCCAAUUACCAGUGUUCAUAUGCUGUUGAUUCCUCUGCUUGUACCUCAAGAAAUUGUUCAAAUAUGUGUGUGAGCUACACACCAGAGAAUGAGACUUCCCCCAUUGAAGAGUGCUAUUGUCCUUUAGGGAUGGAGAUGGUUGGCAACCAGUGCGAGAAUUGUAAAAGCUGGACCUUUGGCUCAGACUGUCUUUUAACAACAUCAUGUGUGAGAGAUCACACAGCCACAUAUGACCCACGAUACGGUGACUGUCAUUGUUACUCUAACUGGACCUGGAGCUUAUGUGAAUAUGACUAUGAUGAGUGUUACUAUGGAACACACAAAUGUCAGCCUCACUCACAAUGUCAGAACACAUAUGGCAGCUACCAAUGUUAUUGUUUAGAAUAUUAUGGCUACAUUGAAACAAGCCCUGGCACCUGUGAACACAUUGAUUGCAAUAAGGUCUUUACAAAUGAGACAGGUGAAAUACGAAAUUAUUUUUACUAUAGUGGAUUUGUAAUAAAGAAUGCUGAUUGUUCAUGGCUGAUAAGUGUAAGAAGUGACUAUGUCAUAUCUCUGAGAUUUAUCACAUUCUACUUAGAAUCCACUAAUGGAUGUCAACAUCAAUACUUUGAAAUAUAUGAUGGUGAAAGUGUUGCAAGUCAUCAGAUUGGUCGUUAUUGUGGUCAAGGGAUCCCAAGUGUUAUACGUUCAACAGGAAAUAACAUGCUCAUUAAGUUUGUUUCUAGCUCGUACUCUAAUUAUGGAAACUUUUAUACAACAUAUACAUCACACACCUGUCGAAGCUUUACCUAUGGCAAGGAGUCCUGUGAUAAAAACUGUCGCUGUGUGAAAGAAAACACUCAGUUCUGUGACAACAUUAAUGGAGAGUGUAUCUGCAAGCCUGGCUGGACAUCAGGAGACUGUUCUACUGAUGUGAAUGAAUGUCUGGGUACCAACAACAAAGUCUGCCCUCCAAACUCUGACUGUGUCAAUACUAAAGGAAGUUUCAGGUGUGAGUGCCACUUGGGUUACAAACUUAAUGUGGACACUGGAAAAUGUGAAGUAAGCUCUGACUGUGUUGUAAAGCAGUGCUCACACACUUGUUACAUCAUCAGUCCUGGUAAAGAACAAUGUGUUUGUCCUGAUGGCCUGGUGCUUGAUGAAGACACUCAACUGGUUUGUGUUGUACCAUACUACCCAUAUGGUAAAGAAAUUGGAGAUUCAUUGCUGUCAGAUGACUAUAUUUCACUAGGCUCUAUACAUGUCAGCAAGCCAAUUCAGUUUAGCACAGGAGCCCCUUUUGGAGACCAAUUUCAAACAUCUGCAUUCGUUCUCUCAAAUGGAGUUAUAGGUUUUAAUGACAACAUGUUCAUGCUUGGUGGUGCUACAGAUAUCAGUACAGUCACUGACCUAAACAUUAUAGCUGCAUACAUGGCCAACAUGAACCCAAACCUAGGUCAAGUCUACUACCACCUUUAUGAUAAGUUUGGAAAUCAAUUUGGAGAUGUUGUUGAGCGAUUUGACAAUCCAAAGAUGGCAGAGGUAUUUGCAAGAGCCCAGAAGGAUGUGACAGAGUAUCAUGGCUUGGCAGAUUUUAAAGUCAACAAUGUGCUAAUAACAACUUGGGUUGAUGUACAACCUUUUUCAAUCAGCAAUAAUAGUACCGAAGUCAAUACUUUCCAAGCUGUGUACAUCAGUGGUUGGGAAACUAUCAACAUAGCUGGUUAUAAUAUUCCAAUUGAUGAAGAAUCUGCCUAUGUAAUCUUUCUUUAUCAAUAUGGAAAAAUGAAAUGGGACUAUGUAUCAAGAAGGAUCAUAAGUAUUGGAACAACUGGAACAAACUUAAAUAUUCUCAAAGAUUUAAAUACACGGCUUGUGUCAAUGUUGGACAGAGUUCCUGGAAAUACAGGUUACAAUGGAGUUGUCAGCUUUGAAGUUGGCAGGGUGAGUGGAUGGGACCAAUCGUGUAACAGGUAUGCCUGCGACAAUGCUGAAUUGUUGAAUGAUGGGAUGUAUCAGCAUGAGAAAAAUGAGCUGUAUAGGUGCCCAUGUUCGCUGGAAAGACUGGGUAACCAAUGGCAGCUGUAUGAAACAAGAGGAUUCUUUGAUGAGAUUUACUGUUACGCUAUUAGCCCAGUUGCAAAGCGAAGACUACUUAGAAAUAAUAGACGAAAUCAGCUAUGCUGUUACAGAUGGAUAAAGCCAGAGAGUGAUAAUUGGAGGGAAUGGUUGAGAACCUGGAGAGAGGCCACCUACCUGCCCACUUCACCAGACUCUGGUCACAUCCUAGUCAGAGACCCCUGGGACUACAACUAUUUUGCCAUAGAAAACUUGUACAUGCAUCGGCUGUGUUGUUUUGGUCAAGAGAAAUAUUGUAACCGGUUCUACAAGCUGUUCCCUGACAUGGGAUGUUCUGACUUUGUCACAUUUGUUCCACGCUCAGCACUCGGGGAUCCUCACAUAGCGACUUUAGAUGGUUUUAGUUAUACCAUGAAUGGAUGGGGAGAAUAUUUUCUUUUGUGGAUCUUCAGCCAAGACUUUAGGCUUCAGUGUCGAACUGAUAGAGCUGAAGGACUGAGUGGUACACUCACUAAUGCCACAAUAUUUACAGCUUUUGCUGUCAAAGAAUCUAAUGUUUCUAGUUUUCAAGUGGAGUUAUCAGCAUCCAAAACAUCAAUGAUAAUACUGGCUGGAGGCAUUGACGUCACCACCGAAUUUUAUAAAGAAAGUCAGCCAGGUGUAAUAGUCUUCACAGACACACUCAGUGUGACCAGAGAAUACAGUAAUAAUAAAACCAUGGUAGUGGCUGGAUUCCCUUCAGGUGUAUCUAUAAAAGUAUAUGUAGCUGUCAAAAGCCUUUUUAUAGAAUACAACGUACCUAAAGAGUAUGAGAACUUAACUGUUGGAUUACUUGGAAAUUUUAAUGGAAACACUGAUGAUGAGUUUACUCUACCAAAUGGAACUGUUUUAUCAAGAAACAGCAGUGAAAGAGAAAUCUACCAUAACUUUGCUAAAGCCUGGGCAGUCAACUCUACAACCAGUGUCUUUAGUUAUCUCCCUGGAGAGAGUACAGAAACCUACCAACAUCCAGAGUUUGAACCAUUUUACAGAGAUGAAGCUGAUCCUACUGCUGUGGCCAAGGCUAAAGAGCUCUGUGGAGAAACAAAUGAUGCUUGUAUAUUUGAUUACCUCGUAACUGGGGACAAGGAGUUUGCCACAACAACAAAAGUGGCCAAAGAAGAAAUGGAUGGAGUCAUUAUAAGCUUAGCCAACACACCACCAACACUAAAGGUGAAAAAUGAAAGCCUUGAUAAUAAUGGAUUCUGGCCUGUUAUAAAUGGAACAGUUUCAACACUGCAAGUUAUAGUUGAUGAUGUUGAUGGAGACAUGGUCAGCAUUGAGAUUCUGGUCAAUGCAACUGGACUCAGUGUUAAUAAUACUGGGUUUAUUUCUUAUGUACCUAACACCAAGCAACCAAUCUCUUUGAGGUUGCGAGCAGUAGAUUCCAAGGGUAGCUACUCUCCAGACCUGUAUAUCCCCCUCCUAGUUUACCCACAAUGCAACAGCCAUGGUACUUGCGACACUAAGAUUGUUAGAGAAGAAUAUGAAAAUGGAAAAUUUAAAGUUCUAUCUUGUAGCUGUUAUCCAGCAUACACAGGCAAGGACUGUGAGUCAGAAGUGGAUGGUUGUGCCAUUCAGCCCUGUUUUAAAGGACAGACAUGUACUGAUCUAACAGCAGUUGAACAAGGAAAUAGUACCAUAGGCUACAAAUGUGGUCCUUGUCCUACUGGGUUCCAGGCAUUGAUGGGCACAUGUGUAGAUGUGGAUGAAUGUUUGAAUAGUAAAACCUGUGAUCAUACAUGCGUGAAUACAGAAGGUUCCUUCACUUGUAGUUGCAGAAAUGGAUUUAGACUUGAAGCUACUGAUAAGAAAACUUGUAAAGAUAUCAAUGAGUGUGAGGAGAGAUCCUCCAACUGCCAACAUAAGUGUACCAACACAGAAGGGAACUAUACAUGCACUUGUUAUACAGGCUACACACUGGACACUGAUGGAAGCAGUUGUAAUAUAGAUGAUUCUAUCAAAGAAAAGUGUUAUGACUGUCAACAAGUUUGUAUCACUGGGGAGAAUGUAACCUGUGGGUGUAGGCUGGGAUAUGAACCAAUUCCUAAUUCUAUCAAUGACUGUCAAGAUAUAGAUGAGUGUAAAUAUGGCAACCAACCUUGUAGCCAGCAGUGCAACAAUUUAGAUGGUUCCUAUGAAUGCUCAUGUUAUACUGGGUACAAACUUGCACUAGAUAAAAUCUCAUGCACUGCUUGUGAGACUCCUUACUACGGCAACAACUGUGCCAGUACCUGCCAGUGUAAUGGACGUGGAACAUGUAAUGCCAUCAGAGGCUGUGUGUGUAAUGAGCACUGGUCAGGGGAGAACUGUGAGAUUGAUGUGGAUGAAUGUCUCCAGCCCACAGCUUGUGCUGAAGGUCUAGUCUGUAGGAACACAGUAGGAGCAUUCAAAUGUGUUUGUCCAACAGGAUACAAGAUGAACAACACACAGUGUAUAGACAUCAAUGAGUGUACAGACCCAACAGUCAACACAACAUGUGAUCUAAAUGUUCAAGUCUGUGUGAACAACAUUGGCAGCUACAGCUGUGAUUGUAAGAAAGGAUAUGCCAGGAAUAAUGAGGGCCUCUGUAUAGAUAUUGAUGAGUGUAGCACUGGCAUAGAUAAGUGUGAACAGUCUUGUGAGAACAAAGCAGGAAGUUUUAAUUGUCUGUGUUAUCAAGGUUAUAUGUUAGAUGAUGACAGGAAGUCUUGUAUUAAAGUCAAAGAUCCAUGUGCUUCCGCCAAUGCCACCUGUAGCUAUGGAUGUAGAAUAAAUUCUAAUAAUGAAAAAGAAUGUUUCUGCCCAAGAGGUUACUCUCUGACUGGUCAAGAUAAAUGUGAAGAUGUUAAUGAGUGCCUCUUGAAUGAAACAAACUUAUGUUCUAAUAGAAAUGGUUGCAUAAAUACAAAUGGAAGUUUUGUUUGUACUUGUGAGGUUGGUUUCAAACUUGACAAUGACAAUAGAUCCUGUGUUGCCUGUAAUGUUGGCACGUGGGGUCAACAGUGUGUUAACAGUUGUGCCUGUGGACUUGGAGCUGAUCAUUGUGACAGUAAAACUGGAUGUGUUUGUAAAGCUGGAUACACAGGUUCACACUGUGAAAGUGAUAUAGAUGAAUGUAAAAAUAAACAACUAGUUUGUAACAGCACAGAGAAGUGUCUCAACCUGCCUGGCACUGCUGUCUGUCAAUGUCAAGAUGGUUAUGAAAGAAUAAAUGGAACAUGUAAAGAUGUCAAUGAAUGCAGCAGUAUCCUUACCAAUAACUGUAGUCAGCUGUGUAGAAACACUGAAGGAGGCUAUGAAUGUUUCUGUCAUGCUGGAUAUAGCUAUGACAGCAAAACAUUUUCUUGUAAUGAUAUUGACGAGUGUAAUCUCCCAACAUCUAAAUGUGAACAGUUGUGUAUCAACACUGAAGGAAGUUAUCGUUGCUCUUGUACAUCAGAUCUUAUCUUAUUAGCUGAUGGAGUCUCCUGUAGAGCCUCACUGCCUUGUGUCAACAAGACUGACUGCAGCAAUGAUUGUGCUCUGAUCAAUGGAACUGACACUUGUCUUUGUCCUAGAGGAACUCUGCUUGCUACAGAUGGGAAAACUUGUCAAGAAUGUGAGAGCAACUAUUAUGGUCCUUCUUGCAGUCUGGUCUGCCAGUGUGAUGCAGGUGUCAAGUGUGACAAUGUGAAUGGAUCAUGUUUCAACCCUUUUGUCAUCACAACAGUAGUCCCUACAUCUACUACAGAUUCGUCAAAUGCUUCCAUAUUAACAUCAGAUUCAGCAUCAUCAGCAGUGGAUGUUUCAGGCAAGACUACCGCUGCCAUUACAUCUAAUACUACUGUGUCCACACCAGUGGUGACUUUACCUGCAGAUAAAAGUACCGCCCUCCCAACAACCACUGUGACAUCUUGCAUCUCCGUCACCUGUGAUGCCAACAAGCAUGAAGUUUGUGUGGACAAAGCAUCAGGCUAUGAGUGUGUUUGUCAGUCUGGCUACAUGAGGGCCAACACCGACACUGACUGUACAGAGAUUUCCUCGUACAACUUCACUGCAACUUUAGCCAUGGACGUGUCCAACAUAAAUUUAGACAGUGAUAGUGAAGACGGCAAGAGAUUAAAAAAUGAAGUUAAGACUAAGUUGACAGAAUCAUGUAGAAAGAGUAAACUGGACUUCAUUUCACUGGAAGUUUUUAGCAUCAGGAAAGGAAGUCUUAUUGUUGACUUUGUGUUAUACAUCAACAAAAGUUCCCCCAGUAAUUCAAUCAGUAGUUUGACAUUUGUACUGAAUGUGAUCAAGUCAGAAGGAAUCAUUCUCAAUGGAAGCAAAAUAUUGAUGACAAGCUUUACCUUGAUUGAUUCUUCCAACCUUUGUGAACUAAGACAGCAGACCAAUCCAUGCAAGUCUACAGAAGUGUGUCUAGUGGAAGACAACAGAGCUGUAUGCAAAUCCAAAGAGUCAGAUGAAGAUACAAAAAGUUUGACUUUGGGACUAGCUAUUGGACUCCCUCUGUUUGCAGUUCUUUGUAUUGUUGUCAUCAUUUUAGCUUAUAAGUAUCUAGCUGGCAAAAAGGCUAGAGUGUCUGUCUCAACUGAAUCACUUCAGUCAAAAACUCUUUACAGGGAUGACUUUCAGAAUUCAGCUGCUCCUAGUGGUACACAGUAUUUUGAAGCUUGGACACAGGAAAAAGGAAAUUAAAACAGUUUACAAAAUGUGUACUUACUGUCUACAUUUUUAAAAGAUUUAAAUGGACUUUAAAAGUUUGUUUGUCAUUUAAAGCCUUCUUUUUUCAAGUCCUACAAUUAACACACACUGUCAUUAUAGUCAAAAAUUCAUUAUGGUGUCAAGAUGAAAAUUCCCAUAUAAACUUGUGCUGCUUAAAAAUGUCAGGUCACUCCAUCAGUUAUUGAAUUGUUUAAAACAUUUUCCAUUAUGUGGAAAGAAAUAGUUGGUGACCAUUUGUAUUUCUAUUCAUUUUAAUAUUAUUUAUAGACCUAGAUCUAUAGGUUUAUGUAUGACUGUUUGUUUUAUGGCCAAUUAGUUUAGUUUGCUACAGUCAUGCCUAUAAUGGGAAUAACAUCAAUUUGAUCUUUAUAGUGGCCAAUAUUGAAAAGGAAAAUUGAAAAUAACAAAGAAAAGAAUCACUUCUAAUUUGCCUUUUUUUUUUUUUUUUGCUGUAUUAAAAGUUAUAUAUGAAUGUAAAAAGUUUAAUAUGUAUAGUAUGAAUACUAUAAAAAAAGUUAAAUAUGCAUAGUAUGAAUACUAAAAAAAAGUUAAAUAUGUAUAUAGUAUGAGUACUAUAUAAUUUAAAUAUAAAGUAGGGAUUAAUUUUAGAAAAAAAUAUUAUUUGUCCUUUGAGGAAUUACAAUUCUCUUAACAAUUUUUCACCCAUUUUUUGUUUGUAGUAUUUUUGUAAUUUUUGCACACACACACACACACACAAAACACUUGUAUUCAUUUUUUUAGGAGUGAUGUAUCAGUAUUCUUUAUGUUUUGCUGCUGUUUUUUUUCGUGUUCUGUUUUUUAGCGGCCCCCAAAAGGGAAAAGACACUAUUAAUUUUGUGUGAAAUGUCUGUCUGUCCGUCCCAUUUAGAUCUCAUAAACUAGAAAAGAUAGUGAAAAUCUGACAUCACAAUAUUUUAGACCAUUCAAAGUUCUGAUGCAACGCUACUUUUUUUUAUUUUCUGAAAGCAAAAAAAUUAAUUUUUAAAUCACUUAUGCAAGCAGUUUUUUAAUUUUUUAAAGAGAAAAAAAAGUUAGACCUAAUUUAAAACGAAAAGUAAUCUUAUAAACUACAUUUUCUUAAAAUUUUUAUUGUUUUGCUGAAAUUUUUUUUUUUUUUUGAGGAUUCAAAUAAGAGAUUGAGCCUUUUCAAAACAAGUACAUUAAUUAUGAGACUUCAGUUAGGCCAGGAGAGGUGCGGUAGCUGAGCAGUAAAGUGCUUGGCUUCCGAACCAGGGGUCCUGGGUUCGAAUCCUGGUGAAGACUGGGAUUUUCAACUUCGGAAUCUUUGGGUGCCUCUGAGUCCACCCGACUCUAAUGGGUACCUGACAUUAGUUGGGGAAAAGUAAAGGCGGUUGGUCGUUGUGCUGGCUACAUGACAUUCUCAUUAACCGUAGGCCACAAAAACAGAUGAACUUUAGACAAGGUCUGAAAGGGGAACUAGUUAGGCCAGGUUCACAUCUUACUUUGCAUUCACUUGCACCUAUCCUUUGAUCUGCUGGACCAUUGGGGCACCACUCAAGAUCAGUCAACCUUCUUUCUCCAUUCUUAUCUCUCAAUUGUCUUUGAUAUAAUUUCAUUCGGAUGUUCUUUCAGAAAAUAUUGAAGCCUGCCUGGGUGGACCACUUCGGGAGCCGAUUUUGAGUUUGUGUUUCCACACAAACUGUCUUUGUAACCUUGUAUUGUUUUGUUUUUUUAAAUUGCCUGUAAAAUUGAACACAUUUAAAUUUUGUUCGUUUCUUUCAUUGACAUACAUGCCAUGCCAUUCAGCACAUUCUCUCAACAGUGAUUGGUCAUAGAUGACUUCCACAACAUCUUCCAAGCUGGUGUCCGUGGAUUUUGGGUCUAAGAGGUGCGACACUAUGUUAAAUAUGGAUGGCCUUGUUUUCAUUUUCAUCUUUUUGGCUUCCAUGUUUUUGCUGACUUUUUUCCUUUCUUUUAAUUGAACAUUUUUUGUAAAAAAGGCCUGAACCAUCAACUCAGAUCUAUAACGUCUCAGCUAAAAAUCCCUAGAUGACAUUAUUAGUGAUUCUAUACACAUUCCACUGCCAGUGUGAUAGGACUGGCAUUAAUAGAGGCAAUUGAGUUAUUCAUUUUAUUAAAAUGCAUAUUUAGAAGUUAAUUUAUUUUUCCUUUCACAUUAACCUUAAAAUACAAGUGGUAUCAUAUAUUUUGAACAAAUGGUGUCAGUCUUUGUAGAUAAACAAAUCCUGAUUUAAAACAGGCUUUUAGUGAUUUGAAUUUUAUGGAUAUAUUUAUUUGUUUUAGAUAACAUAUAUUUUCUAUUUACUGUUGUUGUUAUUUUCAGUCUCUAAAUCUUCUGUGAUACUUUCUGUGAUUUUUCUAUUUAUGUUACAUUUACAUUUCAUUUACAUUAUUUACUUAUUCACAAUAGUAGUAGUAGCAGUUUGGAAUGGUUUUAAGCAUAAAGUCGACAUGUGAGAACAGAAAAUAUUUCAAAUGUAAUUUUUUUUUAUAUCACAUCAAGAAUAUUUUUUGCAGUAGUGAGAUUCAAAUCAAAUUUUUUUUUCUAUUGUAACCUUCUUAAUAAAUAAAAGUUAAACUUUGUAAAAACAAACAAUUAA